AGGGGGAGCCCGGCUCGCCAUUCUGGGAACGGCCGGGCGCUCCCUCCGUAGCGUAGCGGCCGCUGUGAGGCGCCGGGCGGGGGCGGAGACUGCGUGGCGCAGGCGCGGUGCUGGGCUUCUCCUGGGUCCCCAGACAGCUGGAGGAGAUAAACAGAGCAGGAGGAGGGAGGGGAGUGCGUGUGAGAGCGCGCGAGGGAGUGUGAGUGUGUGUGAGCGCGGGUGUGAGACGGUGCGCAGGGGCGGGCGGAGGCGCUGUCCGGCCCCGGCCAGGCGCCGGGCGGAGAGCAUGGGAAGGGGCUAGAGCUGCCUGGGCCCCCCAGCCCUCUCCCCGGGAUCCGCGCCCCCCCUCCCGGGAGAGGGGCCGGGCCCCCCACCGACAUGGGCUCCUGAAGUUGCGCCGCCGCCGCCGGUCCUGGGAAGAGGCCUGACAGGUAAUUAAAUGUAUGUCCUUCGGACCUGGGCUUUGCUGGAAUGCUCAAGGGUUCUGAAGAUCUUUAUCUAGCUUCUUUCUGUUGAAUCCAUUAAGAGAAGAUGGCAAAAGUCAACAUAACUAGAGACCUCAUUAAUAGGCAGAUCAAGGAGCGGGGUGCCCUGAGCUUUGAGCGGCACUACCAUGUCACUGACCCCUUUAUCAGACGGCUGGGCCUGGAAGCAGAGCUGCAGGGCCACUCAGGAUGUGUCAACUGUCUGGAGUGGAAUGAGAAAGGAGACUUGCUGGCCUCUGGUUCCGAUGACCAGCACACGAUUGUGUGGGACCCGCUGCACCACAAGAAGCUGCUCUCCAUGCACACGGGACACACUGCAAAUAUCUUCUCUGUCAAGUUCCUGCCUCACGCUGGGGACCGCAUCUUGAUCACGGGGGCAGCCGACUCCAAGGUGCAUGUCCACGACCUGACAGUAAAGGAGACGAUCCACAUGUUUGGAGACCACACAAACCGGGUGAAGCGCAUCGCCACGGCACCCAUGUGGCCCAACACGUUCUGGAGUGCUGCUGAGGAUGGGCUGAUCCGACAGUAUGACCUUCGGGAGAACAGCAAACACUCGGAAGUGCUGAUUGACCUGACAGAGUACUGUGGCCAGCUGGUGGAGGCCAAGUGCCUCACUGUCAACCCCCAGGACAACAACUGUCUGGCGGUAGGGGCCAGUGGGCCCUUCGUGAGGCUCUACGACAUUCGCAUGAUCCAUAACCACAGAAAGAGCAUGAAGCAGAGCCCUUCUGCAGGUGUGCACACUUUCUGUGACCGGCAGAAGCCCCUUCCGGAUGGUGCAGCCCAGUAUUACGUAGCAGGUCAUCUGCCAGUGAAGCUGCCUGACUACAACAACCGUCUGAGAGUGCUGGUUGCCACCUACGUGACCUUUAGCCCCAGUGGCACAGAGCUGCUGGUCAACAUGGGAGGGGAACAGGUCUACUUGUUUGACCUGACGUACAAGCAGCGGCCAUACACGUUCCUCUUGCCUAGAAAAUGCCACUCCUCAGGGGAAGUUCAGAAUGGCAAGAUGUCCACCAAUGGUGUGUCCAACGGCGUGUCCAACGGCCUGCACCUUCACAGCAAUGGCUUCCGGCUGCCAGAGAGUAGGGGAUAUGUGAGCCCCCAGGUAGAGCUGCCCCCAUACCUGGAGCGUGUGAAACAGCAAGCCAAUGAGGCUUUUGCCUGCCAGCAGUGGACCCAGGCCAUUCAGCUUUACAGCAAGGCUGUGCAGAGGGCCCCUCACAAUGCCAUGCUCUACGGGAACCGAGCUGCUGCCUACAUGAAGCGCAAGUGGGAUGGUGAUCACUACGAUGCCCUGAGAGACUGCCUCAAGGCCAUCUCCCUAAAUCCAUGCCAUCUGAAGGCACACUUCCGCCUGGCCCGCUGCCUCUUUGAGCUCAAGUACGUGGCUGAGGCCCUGGAGUGCCUGGAUGACUUCAAAGGGAAGUUCCCGGAGCAGGCCCACAGCAGCGCUUGUGAUGCAUUGGGCCGUGACAUUACGGCCGCCCUCUUCUCCAAAAACGAUAGUGAGGAGAAGAAGGGAGCUGGCGGUGGCGGUGGCCCAGUCCGCCUCCGCAGCACGAGCCGCAAGGACUCCAUCUCAGAAGACGAGAUGGUGCUGCGGGAACGAAGCUACGACUACCAGUUCCGCUAUUGUGGCCACUGCAACACCACCACGGAUAUCAAGGAGGCCAAUUUCUUUGGCAGCAACGCUCAGUACAUCGUCAGUGGCUCUGACGAUGGCUCCUUCUUCAUCUGGGAAAAGGAGACCACCAACCUAGUCCGCGUGCUCCAGGGGGACGAGUCCAUUGUCAACUGCCUGCAGCCGCACCCCAGCUACUGCUUCCUGGCCACCAGCGGCAUCGACCCUGUGGUACGGCUGUGGAAUCCCCGGCCAGAGAGUGAAGACCUCACAGGCAGAGUCGUGGAGGACAUGGAGGGCGCUUCCCAGGCCAACCAGCGGCGCAUGAACGCAGACCCGUUGGAAGUGAUGCUGCUCAACAUGGGCUACCGGAUCACAGGCCUGAGCAGCGGGGGUGCUGGGGCCUCUGACGAUGAGGACAGCUCCGAGGGCCAGGUGCAGUGCCGGCCCAGCUAGACCCUCAGCCCUGGUCCCCAGCCCCUGCUACUGGCUGGACCCUCCACCCUGGGCAGGAGGGCAGGGGGUUCUGUUUUGGUUUGUCUUCCCCCCACCCCAUUUUUUCAUUUCCCCUGUUUUGUUUGUUAGUUUGGCAUUGGGGGUGGGGGUUGCUACAGUUUGCUGGCUUUCAGACUUUGGGGCAGAUUGCCCUUGACUGACCCCAGCCCUGAGCAAAAGAGCAGGAGGGGAAGCCCCUCCCUUUGCCCCCCCACCUCCCCUCCCAGGUCCCUGGAGGGCUCUGGCCUGCCUCAGGUGUGGAGGCCAGGCUGAAGCUGUCUUCAAGGGCUGCCCUACCCUUCUGUUGGCAGCAGGAAGGGGAUUGGAAUUCCCAGUCCAUAAGGGCUAGCCUUGACCUGUUGCCACUCUUGCUCCCUGACUGGCAAGGCUAGCUCCCUCCUCCGUGGUCUUCAGGGAAGGCUCUGAAAAAGGACGGGGUCCCACCCUCCCUCCAGAGCCACUGUGUCAGGGUGGAAGCAGAAGGAAGGAUGGGAGCCCUGGACCUGGUGUGGGCAAGGCCAGGCCACUGUGCCUGCUCUCACUGGCCACCCCUGGGUACUCAGUCUUUCCUGAGGACCUUGGAGGGGGAGAGGGGGCACCACACUGUACCCUGCCCACCCACGCCAGACCUUCCACACUACGGCUACUCUCCUUUCUCAGGCGCUCCUGGCCUCACUGUGACCUUUCUGCCAGAGCUCCCAGCCAGGCCUACUCUUGCUGAGGUGGGGCUCCCUGCUAAGGGCCCUUCUUGCCCUUUCUCCCCUUCCUCUCACCCCACAUGCAGAGCCGCCACAAAGACCAAAGAAGUGAUGGCUUUUCUCUGUCCCCUGCUGCUCUGGGGGGAGGAGGGGGAGUCUCCUGAGCCACUCAGAUGGGAAAGUCCCUAACUCAGUCCCCUCCCUCCUCAGCAGCCCCAAGCUUUACACUGGAUGCAGCGGUCACCCCAUCACUCACCAAGCCCCCCUCUCUCUGCUCCUUGGCUCUCAGCUCGGGAGCUGCUCCCAGUAGUUGGUUCAUCCUUCCUCCCCUCUCCCUCCUCCCUCCCCUCAGUGCUUACUUGGCUCCAGCCCUCCAGCUGCAGCCUCUGGGGAGAAGCAGCCCCUUCUUUUCCUCCCUCCCUCCUCCCGCCCAUCUCUGCCAGGUGCCUCCUCUCAGUCAGGCUUCAGAGCAGCCCUGGAGACAGGAGGGCCAUGUGAAAAGCUUUUUCACAGUUUUAAGAAGACAGGGGGGUGAGGAUAGUGGUGGGGGGUCUGGCACUAUCUCGUCAUUGCUUUAAUCCCAGCAACACAGGUGGCAGCUUCUCUCCCCCCUCCCACCCAGUCCCUCUUUCCACCCCUCUCUUCUCCUUGGUAAUGAAGUCUAUUUAUUGGCGAAGGAAACAGCUGCUGCUCCUCCUGCUGCUGGGACUUGCUCCCCUGUCUCUUCUUCAUGACCUUUCUCCAGCCAAGGAGGGGAGAGCCAGGAGCACUGGGGCUGGGCCCUGGGCCCACAGACCCGCAGGGGCCCCUUUGCUUUCCUGUGUUCGAGCUGCCCACCAUUUCCUCUCUCCUUGCUCUCCACCCACCCUCCCUCCCUCCCUCCCUCCCACUGUGCCCUGCCUGUCUAGCCCUGGCCCUGCAGUGUGGAGAGACACAUAAGCCUUACUGUUCUCUGGGGGCAGGAGCCGAGCCUUUUUGUUGCUCCGCUCCCAGGAGAGUGAGGGUGACGCAAUUGAUUAAAACCGUUUUGUUCUAGGUA